AUGCAAAGAGAUACUUUUAAAUCAAUCUGGUCUAAUUUAGAUUAGGCCUUAGGUGAUUCCUCUUUCUCUUCUUAUUAUGCUUCUUAUCAAAGGAGAAAUACUCCAAAUAAAUACAAAUCUUCAAAAAGUGAAUUGUUGUCAUUAACUGCCACAAGAAUCAGAUUCGUCUGCCCUAUGAAUAAAAGAGAUAGAUUUGUUGAUCUGCUUUUAGAGGCUAGAGGUUAAGAUAAUGAACUUGACAAAAUCACUAUUGAAAAUAUAGAACGUCACUUUGGAGUUGAUUUCUUGAAAUUAGAAUCCAUGCAUUUGAAACUGAAUGCAGCUAAGGUAAUAGGAUCAUAAUUAAAAAAUGACGAGAAAUACUUAAGUGUUAUUUUAGGGAACAAUUAAUUUGGAGAUGAGGGUUUCAAGAUUCUCACUACUAAUCUUUUCUACAAUAGAUGCAUCAUCCAUUUGGAUAUUAGCAAAUCAGUAACUAAAACUCACAAACCAUAUAGUGUAUAACUCCCAAAGGAUUUCGUGAUGCCCUACCCUACUUGAAACCGAUCUAUACUCUUGUCUCCUUGAAUUUGUCUGGAAAUCGAUUAAGCAGUGUUGGAAGCAAAGCUCUGUAAUAAUUAGUGGAUUAGCAUGGUAAUAUUUAAUUUCUGAAUCUCUAUUCUACAUUUUCAGAUAUUAUAUCAGGAGAUUUUGUAAGUUACAAUUAAGGAUUUAAUUCAUUAAAAAAUACUAAUGCUAUAUGUUCAUCCUUAUGUCUAAAUUUAUAAGAAAAUGAACUUAGAGAUUCUGGUAUUGAAGGAAUAAAUGAUAAAAUAAGUCAUUGGAAUAUAUAAGUACUUAAUUUAAGUGAUUGUCAAAUUACAUCACAUGGUUUGAGUAGAUUAGUGGAUAGAAUAGUGAAUCAUAAAUAUUUAGAAUCUUUAAUUUUAUCAAAGAAUAAUUUUGGAGGAUCAGUUAGUUGUUUAUUCAAAUUAUUAUCAUAAAAUAAUUGGUUAUAAAAGUUGAAUUUAAGUUAUUGUUAAAUUGCUGAAUUCUCAUAAAUAAGUGAAGGUUUAAAAGAAAAUAAAGGUUUGAGAUAGAUAGAUCUAAGUGGUAAUAAAGUAGGUGAACAUGCUGUUAUAUUAGGGUUGUAUAUGUAAAGAUUGACUCACAUAAAACUUAAUGAUUGUGAUCUAAGAUAGAAUAUAAAUGAUAUCUUGAAGAGAUUACAUUAUUCAAAUCUUAAACAUUUAGAAGUCAAUCAAAAUAGAAUUGAAGACUUAAAAGAAUUAAAGACAUUGUUAAUGAAAAAUAAGGAAAUUGAAAAGAUUUGUUAUGGAUUAAAUAUGAUUAACUACAAACAACAUUAAGAAAUUUAAAAAAUCUUUAAUUUGAAUAUUAAAUAUUAACAAACUCAAAUAAUCCCAAAAUUCAAAUAAGAAUUAUCUAAAUUGGGGUAAUUUGAAUAAGAACGUAUCAUGAUUUCUAGAAAAAUGUAAGAACUAAAUGAAAAAAAGAAAGAAAAAGAAUAAGAGCUCUUUACACUUCAUUAAAGAUUAGAUAAGACCAAAGUUGAAUAAGAAUUAUUAACAAGAAUAAAAGAAAAAGAAUUAAUAGAAAAAUAAAAUGAAUUAAUAUCUGUUAAAUUAUAAUUUGAAAAUAUAACUAAACUAACAUCAGAGUUAAAUAAUGAUAAAUAAGAAUCUAAAUAAUUAUUAAUAAAUACUAUUAAAGAAUAAAACUUAUGCAAAUAAUUGAUAGGUCCUAUUGAAAAAUUAUAAGACAAACUAGAUCAAUUAUUAAUGAGAAAAUAAUACAUAAUUAAAGAAUUAGAACAUAAAUUGCACAAAUAAAAUAUAAUAUAUAAUAGAUAAGUAUUAGAUUUUGAAAAAUAUCAAAAAUGA